UCCAAACGAGCAGCAGCAGAGGCACAGACAUGUUUGUCUAGAGCUCCAACAGCUUAUUUAUCGUCCUGUUAUGUCGGGUUUAGGAUGAUAUGGGUUCGGCGGAAGACGUGACAGCUGUCCGCGGGCAUCAUGAGGAUUUUAACAGCGUCUGGGCUCUUCCUGGCCUUCUGCUCCAUCGGGCUCUUGACCAUGGCCAUCAGCACGGACUACUGGUACGAAACAGAUGCGCGGAAACACCGGGACCGAUGCAAAAAAUACGCCAGCAAGAGAAACGACCCAGGAUACAUAUACAUCUCCAAUCAAAACCUUCCACUCCGGAUGCGACCGAAAGCCGCUGGUGCGAGUCAGCCGGAGCUCGCAGCUCCUCUGCGGGAUUCCCCGCGCCCUGAGCCCGUCAUGGAAUCACGCUGCAGCCGCCGCUACAACUCAACCACAACCGGACUGUGGAGGAAAUGCCACCGAGAAGGGUUCGAUCUGGAGAACGAGGAUCUGAUUUUUAAAGGUUUGCUUCAGCGUUGUACGCCGGUGAGAUAUUACUAUUUCUCAGCGAAUAUCCCACGGAAUCUGCCAGUGAACAUCACCAAAACUAUAAGACAAGACGAAUGGCAUGCUCUCCAUUUGCAGCGGAUGACGGCAGGUUUCAUCGGUAUGGCUGUGGCCAUCAUUCUGUUUGGCUGGAUCGUUGGUGUGCUGGGCUGCUGGAAACACAAUGAGCUGAUGCAGUAUGUAGCUGGACUGCUCUUCCUGAUGGGAGGCACCUGCUGCAUCAUUUCCUUGUGCACAUGUGUGGCAGGCAUUAACUUCGAGCUCUCGCGGUACCCACGCUACCUGUACGGCCUGCCGGAGGACAUCAGUCACGGGUACGGCUGGUCCAUGUUCAGUGCGUGGGGCGGUCUGGGUCUGACGCUGCUGGCUGGGUUUCUGUGCACUCUGGCGCCCUCUCUGCACGGUCCCCAGAUCAGCAACAGCAGCGCACACAAACCGCGACAGGAGAACGGCAUAGUGUGACGCUCACACACUCCACACACCAUAUGCAAAGAUCCGCUAACACAGACAGGUCAAGCUGAUAUAGACAAGUGUCUUUACAUGUCAUAGAGAAAUGGCAAAUAAACAGUCACACACACUGCAGACACUGUGCAGAUACACUGCUAUAAUAAGAUGGUGAAAAUAAAUUAUGAUCCAGAGUGCAGCUGAGCUAAACAUACUGGAGCGGAAGGAAAACAUGCACUGCAAAACAUUGUCAAUCAGUAUGACGGUCUUAUUUUCCAGAAAAAAAAAGAUCUAUAUCUUAUAUCCCUUGCGAAAAAGAAGUGCACUGAAUUGUAUUGAAU